AUGAAUCCCAACCCGUCUCGCAUAUAUCCUCCGGCACCCAACUACGAAGACGAACCGCCUGCUUAUGGAUACGGAGAAACGACGUCGUUCCUUUCGGAUAAUGAUUCGCCGCGCACUCGCCAAAAUGGACCAACCAUGAGACUGCUUCCGACAAGUGGUGAUGUAGAAAGCACGCUGCAUAGCGGUGGAGGUACAACGUAUCAGUACGGACAGACUUAUGAGGAUGAUGCUCGACCAGAAUACGCAACUCAAUAUUCGGCGCGAUACCAGGAAUAUGACCCGCCCGAGUCCCCCUCACGACCGGUUUCGAGCUUGCGAAAUGCCCCAAACAUCCCGCCCCCUUCCGCGUCAAUGGUAAACGUCCCUCACUACUCGUCUCGUCCAGGCUCCCCGACGCGGCCUUGGUCCCCAACCCGCGCCGCGGACUGGACUCGACCCCCUGGACCACCGUCCGUCACUGGCUCGCAUUACGAACGCGCAGAUCUCAAUGGCAGCCCCCGACCAGGCACCCCGAGUUCGAGAUAUGGUGGCAGCCCUCGACGACCACUGCCGCCAGCGCCACUGUUUGCUGGCCCGGGGUCGGUGUCCGGGGGCCAGGAUGCUAGUAUCGAUAUUGGCGACGGAGUGGAUCCUGACGACGUCUUUGGUGGUGGGGGAAGAACGGCUCACCAUAACCAUACGGCGAGCGUCCACUCCUUCAUGAGUGAAUCCACCGUGAUCACGGACGAAAAGGACGCAAUGGCCAAGGUUGACUUGGAUGAUGACGACGAAGCGAGUGAGAUGGUCGACCCGAACAUGCACUAUGGCCCCGCGCCCGAGAAGCAAGGCCGCCGCGGUGUCCGAGAUGCCCAGAUGGUCAAGAAGGAAGUCCAGUUGGUCAACGGUGAGUUGAUCCUGGAGUGUAAAAUCCCAACGAUCCUGCACAGCUUCUUGCCCCGGCGAGACGACCGAGAAUUCACGCACAUGCGGUACACUGCGGUGACCUGCGACCCCGACGACUUCACCCAGAAGGGCUACAAAUUGCGUCAGGAGAUCGGCAGUACCAUGCGUGAAACGGAGCUGCUCAUUUGUGUUACCAUGUACAACGAGGAUGAGAUCUGUUUCACUCGGACCAUGCAUGGUAUUAUGCGCAAUAUCAGUCACCUCUGCUCCCGCUCCAAAUCACGAACCUGGGGCAAAGACGGGUGGAAGAAGAUCGUGGUCUGCGUGAUUGCUGAUGGCCGGAAGAAGGUGCAUCCUAGAACUUUGAACGCGUUGGCUGCACUGGGUGUCUACCAAGAAGGCAUUGCCAAGAACAUUGUGAACCAGAAGCAGGUGAAUGCCCACAUGUACGAGUACACGACUCAGGUAUCUUUGGACGCCGAUUUGAAGUUCAAGGGAGCAGAAAAGGGCAUCGUGCCAUGUCAGGUGAUCUUCUGCUUGAAGGAACAUAACAAGAAGAAGCUGAACUCUCACCGGUGGUUUUUCAAUGCCGUUGGCCGCGCGCUACAGCCGAACAUCUGCGUUCUUCUCGAUGUCGGCACAAAGCCUGACCCGACUGCAUUGUACCACCUGUGGAAAGCCUUCGACCAGGAUUCCAACGUUGCCGGGGCGGCUGGCGAGAUCAAGGCAGGCAAAGGUAAAGGUAUGCUGGGUCUGCUGAAUCCCCUGGUGGCGAGUCAGAAUUUUGAGUAUAAAAUGUCGAACAUUCUGGACAAACCCUUGGAGUCGGUCUUUGGUUAUAUCACUGUGCUUCCCGGUGCUCUUAGUGCGUACCGUUUCUUCGCGCUGCAGAACGAUGCCGAAGGCAACGGGCCACUGAAUCAAUACUUCAAGGGUGAAACGCUGCAUGGCCAAGAUGCGGAUGUCUUUACGGCCAACAUGUACCUGGCAGAAGAUCGAAUCCUCUGUUGGGAGCUAGUGGCCAAGCGCGAUGAGCGAUGGGUCUUGCGAUUUGUUAAGAGUGCCGUUGGUGAAACCGAUGUCCCAGACACUGUUCCUGAAUUCAUUUCGCAGCGUCGACGUUGGCUGAACGGAGCUUUCUUCGCUGCAGUCUAUUCCAUUGUCAACGGAAAGCAGCUCUGGAAGACGGACCACUCACUGCCCCGCAAGAUCUUGCUUCAGAUCGAGUCCGUUUAUCAGUUCCUCCAGCUGCUUUUUACUUAUUUCGGAUUGGCAAACUUCUAUUUGGCUUUCUACUUUAUUGCCGGGUCGCUUUCGGACGAGAAAAUCGAUCCAUUUGGCCAUAACAUGGGCAAAUACAUUUUUAUAGUGCUUCGAUAUGCUUGCGUGGUGGUUAUGUGCCUACAGUUCAUUAUCUCCAUGGGCAAUCGACCUCAAGGCGCGAAAAAAUUGUAUCUCUCCGGAAUUAUCGUCUAUUGCGUGAUCAUGAUCUAUACCGCAUUCUGUACACUGUACCUGAUCGUUUUGGAACUCAUGUCAAAAUUCGGAGCAGAUGUGGACCUGGAAGUGAGCGAUGGACUAAUGGUGAACAUUGUAAUUUCAAUGCUUUCGACCAUAGGUCUCUACUUCUUCGUUUCCUUCCUUUACCUCGACCCAUGGCACAUGUUCACCUCGUCGGCCCAAUACUUUGCUCUUAUGCCAAGUUACGUGUGUACCCUGCAGAUUUAUGCCUUUUGCAAUACCCACGACGUGACUUGGGGUACCAAGGGUGACAACGUCGUCAACACGGAUCUGGGAGCCGCGAAGAUUAUCAACGGCUCAAUCGUCGAAGUCGAAAUGCCUUCGGAGCAGCUUGAUAUUGACAGUGGAUACGAUGCUGCGCUGCGGAACCUCCGUGAUCGCCUCGAAGUUCCCGAACCCCCGGUCCCGGAAAGCCAGCUGCAGGAAGACUACUACCGAGCCGUCCGUACGUACAUGGUGUCCAUCUGGAUGGUCGCGAACCUCAUCUUGGCUAUGGCCGUGUCUGAGGUCUAUGGCGUCGACUCUGGCGGCACUAAUGUUUACCUGGCGAUUAUCCUCUGGUCCGUCGCCGUUUUGGCGCUGUUCCGUGUGAUCGGGUCCACGACAUAUGCCAUCCUCUUCGUGUUGCAGAAGAUUGUCGAGGGCAAGACCAAGUUCGAAGCCGGCAAUAUUGCUUCAGCUCACGCCAGUGCCAGUGCCAACUCCAGUGCCGUGGGUAGCAAAACAAACUAUGGCGGAGGUGGAAAUUUGCGCGACAAGUUCACCGAAGCUAGAUGGGCCAUGAAACGAGGAAUGGGCAAAGCUAUGUUCUGGAAGAAAUGA